AAGCAUCCAGCUAUCUCACACACAGGCAGCAGCUCCUCCUCCUGCAGCUACAGAUACAAGAUGAAGUCCUUCUUUGCCCUCCUGCUUCUCGGCGCCCUCGUGGCCGUGGCUCUGGCUGAACCUGGCUAUGGCGGUUAUGGCGGCUAUGGCGGUUAUGGCGGCUAUGGCGGCUACGGCGGCUAUGGCGGCUAUGGUGGCGGCGGCGGACGUGGCUUUGCUGUUGGCUUCGGCGGACAUGGCGGCUAUGGUGGCUACAGCCGUGGCUAUGCUGGUGGAGUUGGCCAUUCAGUGUUCAACCUCGGCUAUGGCGGCUACGGGUAUGGCGGUCAUGGUGGUCGCGGCUAUGGUGGCUACGGUGGCUAUGGUCAUGGCGGCUAUGGCGGCUACGGUUAUGGAAAGUAAUUGGCAUGUCCCACUCUGUACCCGCUCCACUACUACUGUUUGUGUCUGGAAUAGAAUGAAGGGAGCUGCUGCCUCUCCUCCAUUCCUCACAACAUACUUCUAACCUAACCUUCUCGACUCUCACUGGUACCCUCCCUCUACUCCUUCUGCUCAUCCAUCACCUCCUAUCACCACCAUCGGAUCCUCUACUGUUUGUCUAUGUUCCUUUUGUCCCAUACUCAAUAAACUCACGCGAAGAACCCCAUCAAACGA